UCUGACAUGAUCCCAUUCUGUGAUUUUCAGAAAGACUAAUUGGUUGACGCCCUCAGCCACCAUCCCAGCCAAGCUCUGCUCCUUACGAUCUGCUGACAGAUAUCUGAGCAGCAGGUCAGGCCUGAGUUGGUGCAGAGGUUCGAGAUUCCACAGGUGUUGGCUCAUGAACUGGGCUGUCUUUGACAGAGCUGGGGUAUGGCCGGCAAUGGGCCGUAUAAAACCUGAGACAAUCGGGGAGUGCAAACAAGGUGGAACAGCCCUGAAGUGCAGUUAACCACAGACAAGCCCUGCUUGAGUAUUUCUGUCAUCUCCCUUCAGAGGACCAGAGGAAACACCGUCGCUGCCGCCACCAUGAGUCGCAGCCCAGAGAGGAUCUCGUCCUACCGCCGUCACUUUGAGGACAGCAGCAGCUCGUCCUACCAGGUCAGGGUGUCCAGUCCAUCCCCCACCAGGAGAGACGCCCGUCAUGCCUCCGCCGGCUACUCCUGCAGAGCCGGGGCCAGCGGCAUGCGUGUGGAGUCAGUGGGACGAAGGAACGUCUCAGCUGCACGCAGGACUCGCAUGGUUGGAGCAGGCGUGAGUGCAGGAGCCUUGGUCUGUGUUGGGCCAAGUGGAGAACCUCCUAUAGAUCUGGAUGUGGCUGCAGCUGAAAACCAUGAAUUUCUCAACACCCGCACAACAGAGAGACAGGAGAUGAUCGUCCUCAAUGACAGACUGGCUGUAUACAUUGACAAGGUUCGAUCACUUGAGCAGCAGAACAAGCUAUUGGAAACAGAGAUCGAGGCCUACCAGAACCGCUUUGAGAAUCCAUCCGGUCUGCGUCUCCUGUAUGAGGAACAGCUGAGGGAGCUGAAAAAGAUCGCUGACCAGAUGAGAGUUCAGCGGGACAUUUCCUUGGCGGCUAAGGAGUCCACAGCUGCCCAACUGGAGGCAAUCAAAAUCAAAUAUGAGGAGGCAGUGGAGCUGAGGAGGAAAGCUGAGUUAGACAUUGAAACCUUCCGUCCAGAUGUUGACAAAGCCACCUCCUCGCGCAUUGCCUUGGAGAAGAAGCUGGAGCAGCUGGAAGUUGAAAUUGAAUUCCUAAAACGGGUCCAUCAGCAGGAAAUUGACGAGCUCAUGAAACAGAUCUACUCGGCUCAUGCGUCAGCUCAGAGUGCGUUCACCCUCCCUGACCUGGCAGCUGCUUUGAAACAAAUCCAAACCCAGUAUGACGACAUCGCAGCCAAAAAUCUCCAGGAGAUGGAUUCGUGGUAUAAAAACAAGUUUGAAGGGUUGACCAGUAAGACGUCAAGGCAUGUGGAUAAGGUUCGAAGCAUUAGAAAUGAAAUAGCCGGUGCCAAAAAGGAUAUCCAAGGCAAAGACCGUGAAUUGGAUGCCAUGAGGAGCAAGAAUGAAGCUCUUGAGGCCCGGAUCCGAGAGACACAAGAAAAUCACAAGAAGGAACUGGAAGACCUUCAGGCUCGGAUUGAGGCCCUGCAGUUUGAGCUGAAAUCCUACAAGGAGAAAAUUGCACUGCACCUGCGUGAGUACCAGGACCUCCUGAAUGUCAAGAUGGCUCUGGAGAUUGAAAUUACAACAUACAGAAAACUCAUCGAAGGAGAGGACCUGCGGCUCUCUGGCAUGAUGCAAACCCUGUCUCUCACCAGCUGUAGUGUGAGCGCCAUUGGUGCUGGGAUGAGCUUCAGUGGAGGCAGCAUGGGUGGUGGUGGCAUGGGUGGCGGGAUGAUGGGAGGUAGUGGUGGAGGUGUUGGAGGCACGGGGAGUGGAGUGGGAAUGGGUGGGGGCAUGGGUGCAGGAGGCAUAGGCACAGGUCCAGGCAGUGGUGCUGGGGGAAUGGGUGGAAGAAUGGGUGGAGGUCCUGCUGGUAGGGCAGGUGGGGCAGACAUGGGCGGUGGUCAUGGAUUGGGAGCUGGGGGUGUAGGAGCUGGCGCAGUGGGUGUGGGUACUGGUGGAGGCAGUGGAGGAGUGGGUGCCGGAGGAAUGAGUGGUGUUGGCACUGGUGCUGGCGGAUUGGGAGCUGGAAGCAUUGGUGCUAGUGCUGGUAAUGGUCUUGGGGGAUUGGGCUCUGGAGCUGGAGGUGUGGGCACUGGGGCUGGAGGUGUGGGUGUUGGGGGGAAUUUGGGGUUCGGCACCGGAGGCAAAGUUGACAGCAGCAUGGGUGGUGUUGGAUUGGGUCCAGGUGGUGGUACUGCAGGUUCAGGUGGCAUGGGCACCGCUGGCAAUGGUUUCAGUAGAGGAAAUAGCGGUGUUGGUGGAGGCACAGGGGAAGGAAUUGGUGGAGGCAUAAAUGGGGAUGGACGUAAAGAUCGUGGUAUGGGUCCUGCUGGAAUGGGUGGUGGAAUCGGAGGGGGUAGAGGAACUGAGGGUGUGGGUGGAGGUGAUGUAGGUGUUGCACUGUCAGGCAUUGGUGGAAUGGGUGACAGCAGUGUUGCCGGGAUGCGAUAUGGAUCCGAUGGAUAUGACGGCAACAAUGACCCCUACGCAGAGCAGGCUGUGGAGCUGACGGAGAGGAGGACGGUGCUCAUUAGGUAAAGGUACCAUCAGAACUGUUAAAAAUGAGGAUGACGUGCUGGAGAUGGACCACCAAGAACAAACCUACACCAUCACCGGUGCAGCCGACGACUCUGACGAGGAAUGAGCAGCAUGAAUUCCCAAGUGACCUCCCCUUGGCCUUAAAGCUCCACACCCCCCUGAGCUUUGCACUGACCAAAGCCCAUGUCUGGGCACUGACCUUUGCCCUUUGCCCUGGACAAGAAGACCAUGAAUGACCCUUUGCCACACAGGGUUUAAAUAUAACACUCAACAUGGUCUCUAAACGUUUGUUUGCCUUACACUCCCUCCCUUUUUUUCUACUUGCUGCAAAUAAAGCUAUAAGCAUUCAA